AUAUGGGUUUGGGAGAGGAGAGAAAGUAGUUGUUAAAGUGGGUGGUAUUAUUAGCCGGGGUAUAGACAGAGAGGGAGACGAGAGACGGGAGGGAGGCACUGACGGCAGGGAGGGAGGGAGCGGGGCCAAGGGGGGCGGGGGACUGGGUCAUAAGGUGGUGUGUUUUUGGGGGGGUGCGCGAUCUGUUGCUCGGGCUGGCCACCUACAGUGUGUCCCGGCGGCCAGCAGUCAGCGCCGCGCAGUCACGGAGAGCGGCCGCGUGCAGCACCCGCCUCCUCCAGCAGAGCCAGUGUCUCCUCUUCGCAGGCCGCCAGCACACCUUCCAGGGACUGUCAGAGUGCAAGACCGUCACGCCGUGUAGCCACCUGCGCCGCCUGCCACCGCCAUGUCGCCGCCCUGCCGCUCCCAGCCUCCCUUGGGCUCUUCAGGAGCGAGAUUGUGUGCAGCGAGAUGAUUCCGCGGCUCUCGUGAGUGGCGGGAGGAGGCUGCUAAUGGUCGCUGCCUCGAGGAUGGUCAAUGGGAGGAACGAGGCGCGUGUGAACUUAUCGCGGGGACCACAACCACCAUCACCACUCCCACCGCAGGCCAGAGUGGCUGUCAUCCUCCCUGGCUGAGGAUUCACGGCUCCCAGGGGCGGCGGCUCUUCCGAUGUGCAGUGAAAGACGGGACCACAAAGCAUUCCGACACAGCAGCUCGAACAGGCCCCCACACCGCCAUGCCAGGCUGGGGGAGGCCGCCCAUGACCCGGCCCGUGCCCCGCUGACCCACGCUAGUGUUAUGUGCAGGCUGGGCCAAACUAACCCCGCCUCGUGAAUCAGUUUUCCCGAAGUACGCGACACAGUUAUGCCGACGCCCGCGGCCCUCCGCCCCGAGUGUGUGUUCAUGGCAGGCCGGGCCACGUUCUCGGCCGGGUGUGGGUAAGCCCGGAGGCUCCACAUCAUAACUGCGCUUUAAGAAAUAAAAAAAAAUAUCCCACAGAAGGAGGAUAAUCUGUUGUGUGAGGUGCGAUCAGGGGUGAGUGGGGGAUUGAGGGGGGCAGGGGGGGAGCCUCCUUGAGUCAGACACAGACGCCCUCUCCGCCCACUUCCGCAGCUGGUGGGCGAGAGCCGCGCCACGCCGGGCAUGUGGCGGGGCUGGCGGCCAAGACAGGACGGAGCCGAGGGUGUCAACGCAACGCGAAAAUAUAUUUUGAAAGCGCUCCUUCAAACCAAUAACUUUAAUGAAACUAUUUUUCAAUAAGGCAAACUUUUUCUUAAACUUCUUCAAUUCAGUGGCGCCAGGAAAUACAACUUGCGAAACUUAAAAUUUACUGGACGAGGAAUCAAAGACCUAAUUAAGUAUAAUCCCUUACACGUGUGGAGGAAGCAAGAGGUGGAGAGUCAACAUGUAGCCCUUCCCUUCAUAACCUUCCUCCUGGAGCGAGUCAUUCCCCGCAGAACACCUCCUUUCUCCGUUAUACUCAACAGUCUCUUACCAAGUCUUCGUCGGCUGCCCCUCCACCCUAAUCCAGUCCUCCUCGGCUCCAGCGACGGGAACACAGCCCACCAUGGAUAACGUUCUCAACCUCACCGUGGAGGGGGACGACCCCGCGGGCUUCAGGGAGUUCGUGGAGACCUACGAGGGUGAACUAGACGGCUUCGAUGCCAACGGGAGUUUUGCGAUGCUGAACAACUCUGGUGUGAACGGGACCUAUUGGGUGUAUCCGUGGGGCACGUCCCUCUACCCGUCAGGCUACAGCACCUUCGAGAUCGUCAUCAUCACCGUCAUCAUCACCGUGGCCAUGAUCGUGGUGGUGGUGGGCAACAUGCUGGUGAUCAUCGCAAUCGCCACCGAAAAGGCGCUCAAGAACAUCACCAACUGGUUCAUCGCCUCCCUGGCAGUGUCGGACUUCCUGCUGGGCCUCGUCAUCAUGCCCUUCAGUCUGGCCAACCUGCUGAUGGGCUACUGGAUGUUCGGGGACCUGUGGUGUGAGCUGCACGCCGCCAUUGACGUCCUCCUCUCCACCGCCUCCAUCAACAACAUUUGCCUCAUCUCCCUCGACCGCUACUGGAGCAUCACUCACGCCGUCGCCUACUUGAAGAAGCGAACGCCCGAGCGCGCCGCCAUCAUGAUCGUCGCCGUGUGGGUCUUCUCUGGCCUGGUGUCCAUCCCGCCCCUCCUCGGCUGGAAGGAGGUGCGGGCGCCCGAGCAGUUCCCCAAAUGCACGGUAAGCGAGAGCAAGAGUUUCCAUAGAGCGGCCCUGGGGGUGGAGAGGGGCGGGUGGGAUGAAGCUGCGUUAUGGGGGACGUGAAUGUGGCGCAAGGGGGUAUGAGUGUUUACGGGCCCCAUUAUUCUGAAAGGCUUGUACUUGGAGGUCCAUGAGUGCUGGAAACAUUGCAAUAAGGAGUGGAUGAGUGUCUUGGUCUCAAAUACAACUUCAAUCCUUGCAGUUGUAAUGUUAGAAGUUGUGAUUAAGAAGCUCAGAGGAUGUUAGGUUCCCAAAGUAUCAUUGCUGCCGCGGGGUCUGUAACUGAGAGAUAGUGAGGCUGUCAGGAAUCAGAGCCUUGUAGCAGGGCGUUGUUAUAGCCGGCUAUUUCCAUACGACACGCGAGAAGGAAGCAGAACCUAAGGAAUCACGAACACGCAGCACGGUUUGGCCUUGUAGCGCGGCGUUGAAGACCCGUGAAUACGAGGCGUGUGUUUGAGGUGAGAUGAAGAGCGGCUCAUCACACCGCUCGGGAGAAAGAAGGAAGCGGAACGUUGGGUGUUGUGAAUAAGCAGCUGGGAGGGAGG